CCACAACCCGCAAUGGACCCAGGCGUUUUACGAAUCGCCGAACAGUGAAAGGGACUACAUUCGGUAAGCCCCCGCUUACAUUAGCCCAGAAUUGGCCUCGCAUACCAAUCCACCCGGCCCUACAGCUGCCCGAUGUGCUGUCGUCCCGGGCUCCUCGGAACCCUCAUCCUCUUCUUCCAAGCACUCAACGACCGCCGCGCCCAGAAGCGGGCCGCCCGCGUCAAGCAAGCGGCCAAGAAGCACCCUCCCAAGAUCGGCCACCACCUCCAAUAUCGAUAACAUAACCAUGCUCCACGAAAUCCUCCUCUCCCUCUCCGGCCACCCCUCCCCCCUCCUCCGCUCCGCCUCCUCCAACCCCACCAACGCCCUCACAACCCCCGAACGCGCCCUCCUCUCCUCCCUCGCCCACCUCAGCGACCUACACAUCCACCUGCUGACCUCCACCGCGCACACCGCAACCGCGCACCCGUCCGUCAUCUGCCGGGCCGUCGCGUCCGCCACCGACGUCCUGCACCUAGCCGCCUUCCGGCGCAAAGUGCGCGUUGUCGAGGAGACGCUCCUGCGUAAGGAUGCUGCGCUGGUCGGGGCGUAUGAUAUCGUGCCGCUGACGGCGGUGGGGGCGGAGUUUGUGGGGUGGGGGAGGAGGUUGGAGUGGUUGGGGAGGGUGCUAGAGAUUAUGGUGGGUGAUGGGGGUGGUGGUGGGAGGGAGGCCUCUGCUGGGUGUACGGGGGGCAAGGGUGAUAGAUUUUUUUUUCGGCGGGGGGGGGGGGGGGG